CAAACGGUGCGCGCGAUUUUAAGUGCAUUUGUAUUAAAUAAUUAAAUGCUAUUUUUGAUAACAUAAUGCUCGAUAUAGCGCAAAUCGCGCGCCAUUAUAGAUCGGCGUGUGUGUAAGAAAAUUGGAUUGAGUCGCACGGCAUUAUUAUCUGUGUAUGUCUGUGUUGAAAGGCGUCUGUUUGCGGUAAAUGCAUUCAAUAUACUUCGUCUGUUUCGUUGUUUAUUCGCUGUUUUUUUUUAAUGUCUGCACGAAGUGAACUAAUAACGAAAAUGCAAACCAAAUUUGACAGAAGCAAAAGCAGAAACAGCAUUCAAAUUAAAAACGGCUGUUGUCUAAAUUGAAAGCAAACUGCACACAACAAAUAACUGUUAAGCGAGAGCUUUUAACUGUUGUUUGCUCAAAAAUUAGAAAGAACGAAACGGUGCAAAAUUGCAAAAGGAAAAGAAAUAAAUCAGGCGUUACCGAAAUCUCUAAGCGGCCGACAAACGAACGUGAACCGAAUAAAAUGUCGAUAAAACGCAAAAAUAAUAAGCUAAAAGAAAUGCUGAUUUUCUUGGCGAAAGAGUGAAGAGUAAACAGAACCACCAAUCGAAUUACCAAUUUGAAAUCAAAAAAUCAGUAGAAAACGCUUACGCAAAGCUAACGAAAACGAAUUCGAUCGAUUGCAUUGACACAUUUACACUUGGGGAGUAGGAUAAGAACCCCUCCCAAGACACCCCUCGAAUACCCCGAGAUAGAGACGGAGACAAGAAGAAGACACCCAAACGAAAAUGGAUCUCAGUCUCGAACGCGACAAUUCUGCGCUGGGCAGUCUAUUCCAGCAGAUAAUCAAUGAUAUGAAGAACACUUCGCCACUGUGGGAUGAUUUUGUGGCCAAGGCGAGUAAACUGCACACAUGCCUGCGCGCUGCUAUUCAGGCAAUUGCCGCCUAUUUGGAUGCCUUCCAAAAGAUCGCCGACGCGGCCACCAAUUCCAGAGGUGCAUCCAAGGAGAUUGGCACCGCUUUGACGCGCGUCUGCCUGCGCCACAAGGCGGUCGAGACGCGCCUGAAGACGUUCACCAGCGCCAUUAUGGAUUGUCUGGUGCAGCCGCUGCAGGAUAAGAUUGAGGACUGGAAACGCACCGUGGCCACCAUUGACAAGGAUCAUGCCAAAGAGUAUAAGCGCUGUCGCAGCGAACUAAAGAAGCGUUCCAGCGACACGCUGCGUCUGCAGAAGAAGGCCCGCAAGGGCCAAACGGACAACAGUCUCCAAUCGCUGAUGGACUCACACAUGCAGGAUGUCACCCUGCGACGCGCCGAGCUCGAGGAGGUCGAGAAGAAGUCACUGCGCGCUGUCAUGGUCGAGGAGCGUCUGCGCUUCUGCAGCUUUGUCCACAUGCUGCAGCCGGUGGUGCACGAAGAAUGCGAGGUCAUUUCCGAGCUGGGACACCUGCAGGAGGCGAUGCAGUCCAUCGCUUUGGUCACCAAGGAGCCAAGCGUACUGCCACCGGCCUCUGAGGAGCUUAUUCACGAUGCUAAGGCAAGCAUUAAUCUCUAUCCGGAGUCGCCGGGCGGCGGUUCUGGCUCCCAGGGCGGCGGCUGCUCCAAUUCGCUGGGCUCUCGCAAAAGCUCUGUCUGCUCCAUUAGCAGCAUGAAUAGCAGUGGUUCCAGCAACUCGCCGGGUCACCAUCACUAUCCGCGCUCACUGUCGCAGUUUGUAACGCCCGCAAUUCGCUUGAAACCUGGUGAAUCCAGUGAUAGUGGCUUUUGCUCAUCGCCAGCGCUAACAACACAGGCUUCGAAUGCGACAAAUCAGACGCAUGCCGUCUCCACUUGGCCGCCACAUUCCCAGGACGUGGUGGAUACGUUGCCGCCGACUGCCGAUCGUCCGCACACGAUUUCGACAACAUAUGAGAAGGGACAUCAGCGUCCACCGCUCACUGUAUACACGUUCCAGAAUCCCGAGACUAUACCCGAGUCCAGCAGCAGUGGUAGCCUCAACCCAGCAACGGUUGCUGCCAACCAACCAACCAACACGAACAGCAACAGCAACACCAAUGGCUCCGCCACGAACUCGGGCCAGAAUACGCCGGCCACACAGAAAUCGCCGGCAGCUUCGCUCAGUCGUCCGCCUCUGCCAGUUAAGCCGGCACAUGUGCGCUGUUCAUCGCUGGAGCGACCGCUGUCGGCGCAGAGCAAUCAACGCCAGAAUAGUGGACAGAAUUUGUUGCAGCGCCAGUGCCCUUCACCGAUACCGGCUCAUAUCACAAAAGAGCUGUCCGCCGCACAUCAUGCACAGCAGCAGCAAUCACAACAGCAACAGCAGCAGCAACAGCAACAAACCCCGCCCACCUAUGUUAACAUGUCUGAAUUGGCGGCUAUGAAACUAACCAACCAGCAACAGCAACAGCAGCAGCAGCAACAGCAAUCACAACAACAGCAAAAGUCAUCCACUCCGUUGCUGCAGCAGCAGAGUAGCAUUGAUUCCAUAUGUUCGCAGCAUUCGAAUGACUCGUCGACUAGCUCGCUGCAACAGCAACUGUUGCAGCAUAAUCAGCAGCAGCAGCAACAGCAGCAGCAGCAAUCGCACAUGAAUCAUCAGUCGGGCAGUGGUCUUGGUACACGUUCCCAUUCCAUAUCCUCAUCGGUGUCCUCCAACACAGCCUCCUCCUCGCUGCACUCGCACCCAUCUAUCGAUUCAGCUGUUGCUGCCUCGCUUGUGGCUGCUGGUGGCAAUACCAACACUAGCACCACAACGCCGUCGAGUGGCUGCUCAACGCCACAGAAUCACUAUUCACCACUGUUAACCAACUCACCCACGUCCACUGCUGCAGGUACACCGAGCGGUGGCAGCAUUGCCAGUGGCCUUGGCUUCAUCUAUCAAGUCAGCUCACCCACGCCGCCCACCUCCGCUAGCGAUGUGUUGAAGAUUACCGAACCAGGAGCUGGGACAGCUGUGGCCCCACCCGAUGUUCACAGCGAGUCAGCCGAUUCCGAUGAGCGUUCGCGGGCCUCUGUGCUGCAGAAGGCAUCCAUGUUUGAGAAGCAGGCGGCCGCUGCUGCUGCCACCGUCGCAGCACCCGCACCACCAGCAACAGUCCCAGCUGCCACCACCACUCGUCGCAGCGAGGAGCUGCGCGCUGUUGAGCAACAGGAGAUGGACAAAUCUUUCGAAGACUCGAUUCAAGCACUAAAUAAUUUAAUUGGCGAAUUAGACUCCUUUCAACGAGAGAUCGAUGAGGGCAAGGGCAGCAAGCAGCAGCAAUGCAACACCAACAGCAACAACAACGGCAUCAACAACAACGGCAACAACAACAAUAGCAACAAUAGCAGCAGCAACAGCAGCAAUAGCAACGAGAACAACAACUGCAACGAUUUACUCAUGCCCAGCAGCAGCAUCAACAUUGAAUGCUGUGCGAUUAGCAAUCAAACGAAUUCCAGCGGUUGCGGCACCGAUAUAUCGGACACCACCUCCGAGGAGCUGGGCGCCGAUGAAAGUGGAGGAUUGGCGGCUGCCCGACGUCAUCAGCAGUUGGGCGCCAGCGAUUCGGAGCUGAGUCGCUGCUAUGUGAGCGAGACCAGUUCACUGACUGGCGGCAUACUGGCCGGUGGCUAUGAGAAUCCCACAUUUGCGCAUUUUGCCAAUCGCGAGGAUCCCUCCGGCGGAUGUUCAUCCUCACUGUAUGCGCAAUCCGCUGCCGACAGCAUAUCGCUGGCGACUUCAGAUAGCCUCUGCCAGCAGCGGCAUGCGUAUGUGGACACGUGCAGUGAUGAUGGUAGCGCCGUCGUUGUUAUCUAUGACCAUCAGAUACCCAAUACGCCGGACAUUGAGUUUGUCAAGCAGAACUCGGAGAUUGUGCUGUUGCGCCACAAGGAUCCGCAGCAGUUGCAGCUGCACGAGAUGCGUGAAUUGCAGCAGUUGCCCGACAAUCUGAGUGGCUCGCCCGAAUCCCCAGAUGGUGGUAGUGGUGGUGGUAUUGGUGGAUCAACAACGGCCAGUGGGUCAAAGCCGGCAACAGCAACCGUGGCGCCCGCCAAGCAGCGACUCUCCUCGUUUCGCGCCAGCAGCGAGCAGCAGCUACAGUUGCUCGGACGCGCCAGUCCGCACAGAGGAGGUGGAGCAGCAGUAGCUGGAGGAUUGGGUGGGGGCAGUUCCUCCACACGUAUCGCACGUCGUUCAUCCAUUAAUCAGGCGAAGCCACCGCCGCCAGUGCGUCGCAGCUCAUCGGUGACGCCCAGUCCCAAUGUGGGGUCUUCGUUCCGCACAUCAUCGCCCAGUGCUGGGGGCGGCAUCUAUGCGCAGCCCAAAAUGGUGAGCAACAUGUCCAGCUUUCGCACCAGCAGUCCCAGUCCAAAUGGACAUGCUGGGCAUCCACUGCCACCGACACAGCCCAAGGCGAAUCCGAAUCUGAUUGCGCAGCUCAAUGCACGACUCAACAGCAAACAGCAGCAGCAGCAACAGCAACAUGUUGCUGAGGGCAUUUAUGGAAAUGCAGGUAGCGAAUCCAUUUAUAUGCGCGGCGGCAACGGUUUGUCCAUGACACAGCAGCAGCAGCAACAGCAGCAACACUACGACGCAGCUGCGCAAACUGCAGCAAACAUGCGACAACACCAACAGCAGCAACUACAGCAGCAACAGCAGCAACAUUACACAUGUCCACCGCCGCUUGAAAAUCCACCACCGCCGCCCAUUUAUUCAGCAACCAUGCCCAAGAAAAUGGCACGUGCCAAUGCUGCGCACAGCAACAACAGCAGCAGCAGCAAUAGCAACAACAUGGGCAAUAAUUUGGUGGGUGCCUAUGCUGCAGCUUCAAACAGUGCCACGUUGCCCAAAAACAUAUUACAACAGCAACGUUUACAGCAGCAGCAGCAGCAGCAACAGCAACAACAGCAACAAUAUCAACAGCCAACAGGUAUCGGCGUUGGCAACGGACACUCUAAUCAGCGAGCACCUAUGCCGCUGCCCCAGCAGCAGCAACAACAACAACUACUGCAGCAACAGCAACAGCAACAACGUCAGCCACCUAUACCAUCGCGUCAUUCCAGUGUGCAGCAAAAGAUAUUUGUUUCCACGAAUCCAUUCAUACAGACAACGGCUGUCAAAUUUCAUUCACCAUCGUCUGUGCACACGACGCCGGCUGCCUCGCCUACUUUUGGCUCGCCCGCAUCAGCAUCCUUGGCCAGCAUUUAUGGCACAACAGCGCGUGGUGGUCAGCACCACCACCAUCAACAGCAGCAGCAGCAGCAGCAACACCAUCAGCAACAUCAGCUGCAACAUCAACAGCACCAGCAACAACAACAGCAUUACUAUCGCGAUGUUGCUGGCGGCAACAGCAAUGGUGGCGCUGCUUACUAUGCCAGCCAUAACAACGCCCACGGCCAUGGGCACGCCCACGCCCAUGUGGGGCAUAUGCCUCAUGUCCAGGCACACCAUUCAAACUAUGCCACGAGCACCAAUAUUGAAAAGACUGGCAGCAUACGUGCCAAGACCAAGGCUGAAUUUCUCGAGAAUCUCAAUGCAAAGUUGGCCAAACAGGGCAUGUCUGGACGUGCAUUUGCAGUGCGAAAUCUAAUUAAUAGCAAGGCUCUGCCGGAUCCGCGUAUUUGUCAUGAGUCGCUGAUGGAUCAAAUAAAGCGAGGCGCGAAUCUAAAACGGAAUCAGAAGAUCAACGAUCGCAGUGCCCCGAAAAUACAUUGAAUACAUUAAUUUAGCAAGCGAAUAUUAUUUAUUUUUAAUCCCACAAAAAUAACUAUGAGGCGGCGUCGCCUGCUUGAUUGCAGGUCGCAGAGUUUAGUUUGAAACUAAGAAAAACUCACGUAUAUACAAUAUAACAACAAUUACACACCCACACUCACAUAUGAUAACUGAUAAAUAUAUGCCUAAACAAAAUAUAACUAAUUAAUUGCUAUAUACAUCAAAAGCCUCAGUUUGGAAAAUCUGAGAAGGGCUCUCGAAUAAUCUCUAGUUGCAAAAGUUAAACUAAUUGGCAUUUCAAUUCUCUUUCCAAUCUAUCUAUUUAUCUAUAUAAAUAUUAUGUAUUCAACUGGAUUUAAGUUAUUCUUUUUGUUAAGUGAGAAGUAAACAACAAAAUGGAAGACAAUUGAAUUAAUAUUGGAUACAAAUCUUUCAUGGAUUAUUUAUAAUUUAAUCUCGAAUUUAUUGUUAGUUGAUCCUUAGUUGCUGCGCUUUUAUUUAAUAUUAUUUAUAAUUUCUUCUUGUUUAUGUAAAUAUCAUAUUAAUUUAAAUACCAAUACAACACUAAUAAUAAAUGAAAUUGUCGUAUC